AUGGCGACAGCUGCGGCGCCAGUCGUCCAACAGCCAAUCAUAGCACAGCCAAUGGCAACAGCUGCUGCACCUAUCGUACAACAACCAAUCGUAGCUCGACCAGUAGUGAUUAGCAAUUGCUGUCCAUGUCCUCCGCAAGCACAGCCUCAACCCUUGCCAGCUGCACCAGCACCAGCGCCUGAAAUCAGAAACAUUUAUGUUCGUAUGCCUGUACCUACAACAACUAGACGUCCAACGAAUAUUUACAUCCAUUUGCCGAACAGAGGAGGACAAGGAGGAAUGGGAGGAAUGCCAAUACCCUUCCCCAUGCCCAUGCCCAUGCCCAUGGGCAUG